AGCAAAGUGUGUGAAUUUCAAAUUGGUUUAACGUGUGCAAAUAUUUAUUUAACGUACAAAAAUUUAGUGUUCACAAUAAUUUGAAAAUAUCGCCCCAUAUUGUUACACUGGUUAGGAUUUAUUAUUUGUACAGAAAUUCUACACUCUGUAUGUUGUGACUUUGCCUGGGAGGAAUGGAACCAAGUUUUUUAAAAAGGUCUGGAACGACCGAUAAAGGCAGAGAAUACGAGGACGUGGUUCUUGCCAAUUUUGUACUACUAUUACUCAACGACCCAUCAAUCAAGGACUUCUAUAUUUCAUCGAAUGACGCUAAUUUUGGCGCCUUCGACGACAUAGUCAUUCAAAUUAAAUCGGACAAGGGAGACAAAGUAAAAGCACUCCAGUUGAAACACAGCGAGAGAAAGAUUUUAUCAACUGAAAAUUUACAAUCCAAAAAGGGAGAUUUUAGUAUAACCAAGUACUUUCAAAGUUUUCUAGAAAUAGAAGACGCGGCUGAUGAGUACAUUUUAUACACGAAUCGCCCUUUCAAGUACAAGGAGAGCGCAAAGUUUCAACUUGAAGGAGAAGAAUUUUAUAUUGAAGUGGUUAGAGUUAAAAGUGGCUUGGAAUUUUCCGGGACAACAAGUUGCGCCUACAAAUUUCAAAUUGUGGAAGAUUCAUCAAGUGCCGAAAAUUUUUGCCACAUUCAAGAAUAUAAAAAGUUUUUUGAUAAAUUCUACUUAUACGCGGAUCAAGACAAUGUUGAAAAACUGAAAAUUGCAGCAGCUAGAAAAUUCACGACGACGUAUUCUUCCGGCGAGGAAAUUUUUGAUAAAUUCGUCAGAACAAUAUGUGAGUGGAACAUGCAAAAAGGGAAAAUUGAAAAACUUAACAGAAAGAGGAUGCAGUGUUUAAUUGCCUUGCAUCUUCUGUCCUCUCAAAUCGAGCCUUUAUCUUUCGGUUCCGUUAGUGACAAAAUGAAAAUAUUUAGAGAAGCUGUGUCCUUCUUUGAUAUCACACUAUUUGACAAACAGUCGUGCAACACGAUUAAACAACUAUGGGGUGAUGUUGGAAAAGAAACAAGAAUUGACUUGAAAGAACUAAAUAAAGUGAGAAAAAGGUAUCUGCCUAAUGUCAGACAUAUUGAUGACAAUAAUAUCGUCAACGUAGAUCCGAAGGCACUUAGUCAACUGCUAUGGUUGAUGGACGAAUGCCCUUUAAUAUUACGUGAACGUAGAAACGUUGAAAAUGCUAUCCAUCUGUGUCCAGACAAAAAGUUCAUCUUGGUUGACGGUAGUAAAAGUGACGAAUGGAUGAAAAAGUUCUCCGUGUUCCAAGACCUAUCAAACUUGAAUAAGAAACCCGAUCUUCGAGAAAAAGUAUUGGAGAAUUUUACCGUUUCGCUACAAGGAAAAGAAGAACUUAAUCUUGUUACAGCGUUUGGUGGCGAAAUUUUAGAAAAUGUCACAACUGAUAAUUUAGUAGAAAUGCUAGACGGACCGUGUCGUCUAGGCGGAGAAAAAGAAUCACUUCCUCAGCCUUACAUUGAACGCUAUCUGUCUCGGAAUAUUGUCAAUAACACGUAUUUAGAGAAUGUCCACGAAAACACAAUUAUCAUUUUAAGUUAUGCGAAUAACUUUGACAAAGUAAAAGAUAAACUCGAGAAGUGUAAAUUAAUUGACAUUGAUGACUUUUUACAUAAAAAAUAUCAGACUGUCGAUGUAGCUAAUCGAAAAAAAAAUCACUAUGACCAGUUGAAUCUAGAUAAUAAUGAAAAUAAAAAUAAUCUUGAUAAAUCAAAGUUUGGCAACACGAUCUACGCAGGUAACCGGCGUUAUAACGACUCUGAACUUCAACUAAUUUACAACGGAAAGAAAAAUAUCGAACAGUUUCACUAUUUUCAAAUUUUGAGUGAUGGAAAUUUGGAAUUGAUUCAAAGCAAAGGUGAUGUUAGUGAUUUUGAGGGUUAUAAGUUACCUGAUAAGUAUGUUACGGAAGAAAGAGUGAUGUGGUCUUCUCGGUUAGAUAACUUCGGUCUAAUUGCUGGCGAUCCGGGAAUGGGCAAAUCUGAGUUAAUGAAAAGCUUCAAAAAUAAAUGUCCACCCGAAUUCUGGACAGUUAUAAUUAAUCCCAAAGAUGUUAAUUUAUUUUUUCACAAUUUCAAUUUUUCUAAGCCGGCAGAUUAUACAAAUUUAUUUGAAAACUUUAUCACGAACGAAAACUGCCGGUCACUCAAAGAACUAGAUCGAAAGUUUUUCGAAAUGUGCAUUAAGAAAAACAACGUGAUUUUCGUGUGGGAUGCGCUCGACGAGAUUUUAAAUAAAAAUUUAGAUGCCGUUUCAAACAUAAUUCUCGAUUUUUCAACAAAAGGGUUCCGUCAGUGGGUUACUAGCAGGCGACAUUUAAGGACAACUCUUGAAAAAAAGUUUAGUUUGUUGUCAUUUAGCAUAAAUCGGUUUAGCGAACAAGAACAAGAAAAUUAUAUCCGAAAACGACUAAAAUCUUUUAAUUCUCAGUAUAACAUUGACGUGACGGUCGAAAAAAUCAAAUCGUCUUUUGCGAUUGUAGAACACGUAGAUAUACUAGGAAUCCCGCUUCAAAUAUUCAUGCUCACCGAACUGUUCCGUGAAGAUAGCGAAAAAUAUUUGAGACUAAUGGACAACACAUUCGUCUUGACUGACCUUUAUGAAUAUUUUAUUCAGGAAAAAUUUAAUAAAUUUUACAAAGACAAAAUUGGAUACGACUUUCAAAAUCCCCAAAUGGAAAUUAUAGUGGGUGAGAAAAAACGAAAAGCUUUGGAUUAUUAUCAAAGUGCGUCUUUUAAAGUAGUAUUUGACGAAGAAACUAUGCAGCGACUAAAUAUUAAUUACGAAAAAUGUCUAAAAAAACUUGUAGGAAAGUAUGCAUCUGUGGGUCUUGUUAGCGACUUUGAAAAUAAUGUUCCACGUUUUCUUCACAGUUCUUUCGCUGAAUAUUUAGUGGCUAGAUACUUUUCGAAAAAUAUUAAUAAUCUUAAAAACGAGAUUAUGGACAUUCUGUUUGACGCUAGGUAUAAUAACGUACGUUUCUUUUUCGACAUGCUGUUAGCUAAAAACUCAAAAGCUCACAUUGCUGUAUUGUAUAAACGUUACGAGUUAGUUAAAACCUACGACGACGAAAUUUUAACACGCAAAGAUGAGGGUGGCAGAAGUCCUUUACAUUUGAUUUCGUCGUGGGGGCAAAGACACCCUCGUGUAAAAAUGACGGUUAUAAAUGGGGACUACAUUGUGCACGAAGAUAAGAAUUUCGUUAAAAAACCUGAAACCGAAGCAUAUUUUGAAACGAUGACGUAUUUGCAAGGGAAGAACGAUAAUGACGACCGUGACAUAUUGCUAAAUGCGACUCCUUUGUCUUACGCCAGAAAAAGCGAAAGCGUAGGGGCGGAAAUGCAGUUACUUCAAACAAAACUAAAUGAGCUUAAACAAUUAUGCACUCGCGAUGACGUAGCAAACAUUGUAUUUUAUUCCGCCUUACUCGGUUACGACGACUUGUGUCAAUUAUUCACAGUUGACGAGUUAAAUCACUAUUGGUACGCAUCAAAAUUUUCCAGUGCUAAAGGUGCUGAAACGCCACUGCUAUUGUCGUGUAAAAUUGGUAAUUUAAAAUUGGUUGAUUAUUUUGUAAAAUCUGGAGUCGAGAUUAACCGCGUCAACGAAAACGGCUGCACACCACUUUACUUAGCUUCUCUCAACGGCCACGACACCGUUGUCAAAUACUUAACAACAGUCGGGGGUGACUGCAAUCGCGCUAAUAAUAACGGCGGGCUGCCACUGCACGUGGCUUCCUUCAACGGCCACGAAAGUGUUGUCAAAUAUUUAGUCACAGGUGGCGCUGAAUUUAAUCGAGUUGAUAACUGGGGGUUCACACCACUUUACGUAGCUUCCCAAAGCGGCCACCUCUUGGUUGUCGAAUACUUGGUAACAGUCGGUGCCGAAAUCAAUCGCGCUGCUGAUGACGGUCGGACACCACUUUACAUAGCUGCGUUCAACGGCCACGAGAAAGUUGUGGAAUACUUGACUGCAGCCGGUGUCGAAAUCAAUCGUGCCACCAAUAACGGUGUGACACCACUUUACGCAGCUUCCUUCAACGGCCACCGAAAGAUUGUCGAAUACUUAACCACAGUCGGGGCCGAAAUCAAUCGCGCUAUGAAUGACGGUUCAACACCACUUUGCACAGCAUCGCGAAACGGCCACGAAAAUGUUGUCAAAUACUUGGCGACAGUCGGCGCCGAAAUUAAUCGCGUUGAUGUAGAGGGUCUUACACCACUUUACGUAGCUUGCCAAAAGGGCCACGAAAAUGUGGUCCAAUACUUGGUGACAGUCGGGGCCGAAGUCAAUCGUGCUAACAAGUUUGGUCGUACACCACUUUACACAGCUUCCUUCAACGGCCACCAGAAAGUUGUCGAAUGCUUAACCACAGUCGGCGCCAAAAUCAACUACGUUGAUGUAGACGGUUCGACACCACUUUACGCAGCUUGCCAAAACGGUCACCGGAAAAUUGUCGAGUACUUAAUCACGGUCGGGGCCGACGUGCAUUGCCCUCGUAAUGACGGUGCAGUACCACUUCACGUAGCUUCCUACAAAGCUCAUGAAAAAGUUGUCGAAUACUUGAUAACAGUUGGCGCCGAAAUUAAUCGAGCUGACAGCACCGAUUAUACACCACUUUUUAUAGCUGCUUUCAACGGCCACGAAAAUGUUGUCGAAAUUUUAGCGAGAGCUGGGGCCGAAAUCAAUUGCACUGAUAAUUUGGGUCGGACACCACUUGAGGUAGCUUCUCAGAACGGUCACAAAAAAGUUGCCGAAUAUUUACGCAGGCUCGGCGCCGAAAUCAGUAACUUUAUUGACUAGAAACCAGUUGACAAAUUGAUAUUUUCUUAAACUGUAGCACUUUAUAAAGUUUAGUGUUUGGUUAAAAUGUAAUAAGUUAUUAAUGGAUUAAUUUACGGAUCAAACCGGACUCUCUAAAUAUGGACAUAAUUGUGUUUUCUGUGUUAUUAAAUAAAAAGAACGCGAUGCAUGGUGCGUUUAGUAUUUAUCUAGCAAUUUUCUGAAUCCAAUUGUAAGAAAAUAACAACUCUACAACCAAGAAAAGAAGACAAUCUCAGAUUUUUCCCGACGCACGUCUUCACGAAGGACAAGCAUAAACAUAAACAAGUACUAGGAAUUAAGAAUACAAUGUUUCCGAUUGAUUAUUAUCUGCUUUAAAUAUAUUAUAAUAUAAUUUAAAACGCCCUGGAUAA